AUAAAUUUCGGUUGGUUUUAAAAUUUGUUAAGUACAUAAUUCGACUCAAUUGUGUAUAAUUAUCUGGUAAUAUAAUCCAAUUAAAUUAGAUAAAAGGCUAAACGUAGCCUGACGACUAGUUAAUGCUUUCUUGAUAAAAAAAUAAAAAAAUAAAAAAAUAAACUUUUGUGGAGAUCUGGGAUUAGCAAAUUUUGGGAGGGGAAUAUUCAUAUAUUUCUAAAUUCACGAAAACAUCCAUUUUCAUUUUUCCCCACCAACCCCUACUUCAACAACAGAUCUCCUCCGCCAACUUUCCCCCCCGAAAUCAAAAUCGCAGCCAAAAUGUCCGUCUCAAUGUCGGCCGCCACCACCCCCCUCACCCACCUCAAACCCGCCGCGGCCAGCCAGAUCGCCGCCUUCCCCACCACCCUCUCCUGCCAGACCACCUCUCCCACGAGAUCCCUCUCCAUCACCUGCUCAUCCACAACCCUCCAAACCCCAACAUCCGCCGCCACCGAUCGCGUCUUCAACUUCGCCGCCGGCCCCGCCACCCUCCCGGAGAACGUCCUCCUCAAGGCCCAAUCGGAGCUCUACAACUGGCGCGGCUCCGGCAUGUCGGUGAUGGAGAUGAGCCACCGUGGCAAGGAAUUCCUCUCCAUUAUCCAGAAGGCCGAAUCAGAUCUCCGGACCCUGCUCAACAUCCCCUCCGACUACACCGUCCUCUUCCUCCAGGGCGGCGCCACCACGCAGUUCGCCGCCAUCCCUCUCAAUCUCUGCAACACCGACGACGUCGUCGAUUACGUCGUCACCGGAUCCUGGGGCGACAAGGCCUUCAAAGAGGCCGCCAAGUACUGUAACCCUAAAUCGAUCUGGAGCGGCAAAUCGGAGAAAUACACCAAAAUCCCCAAUUUCGAUUCGCUCGAACAGACCCCCGGCGCAAAGUAUCUCCAUAUUUGUGCCAAUGAAACCAUCCACGGCGUCGAAUUCAAGACCUACCCGACGCCGGCGGGCGAGAACGAAGUGCUUGUCGCCGACAUGUCGUCCAAUUUCUGCUCCAAACCCGUCGACGUCACCAAAUUCGGCAUGAUCUAUGCCGGCGCGCAGAAGAACGUGGGCCCCUCGGGGGUGACCAUCGCCAUUGUGCGGUCCGAUUUGAUCGGGAAGUCGCAGGCGAUCACGCCGGUGAUGCUGGACUACAAGAUCCACGCUGAGAACAAUUCCCUCUACAACACGCCGCCGUGCUACGGAAUCUACAUGUGCGGGCUGGUGUUCGAGGAUCUGGUGGAGCAGGGCGGGUUGGCGGAGGUGGAGAAGAAGAACGUGAAGAAGGGGAGCAUUCUGUACGACGCCAUUGAUGGGAGCAAAGGGUUCUUCCGGUGCCCGGUGGAGAAGAGCGUGAGGUCGUUGAUGAACGUGCCUUUCACACUGGCCAAGCCGGAGCUGGAGGCGGAGUUUGUCAAGGAGGCGGCCAAGGAGAAGAUGGUGCAGCUCAAGGGACAUAGGUCCGUCGGUGGAAUGAGGGCUUCCAUAUACAACGCCAUGCCGCUGGCUGGCGUCGAGAAGCUGGUAGCUUUCAUGAAGGAUUUUCAGGCAAGGCAUGAUCAUGCUUGAAGCUUGAGUUAUGGAUUUGCUUUUUCAUUGUUGAAACGAGUUUUUGUUGUUCUUGCAUUGGUUAAGAUUAAGAGUUUGUUGUGGCGAUGAAUGGGGGAGUGAGGUUUAGGAAAGACUUGUUUUUGUUUCUGUCUGAAAUAACAAGUAGAUUUCGGAUUUAUGUUGUUAUUUGAGAGUUGGUAUCAUGAAUUUUGUUGUGGUGUAUGUAGCACCAACACUAGUAGUUUUGUGGCAUUGUUGCUCUACUAGUAAUGUCAAUUUAUGAGUUUUAUUAAGCAUCAAUGUAUUGAAUUUCAUUUCUUACCCGGUUUUCAAACCAAAAAAAGCUAUGGUUGAUUUUGAUGUAUGCA